AUAGAUCCAGACGCCACGUCGCAAUUUUUUGGCCUAGUGUCUUCAGUUUCCAAGCUGGGCCACGCCGGUUUUGCUAUCGUUUUCGCCUUUUGGGCCUACAAAACCCAUAGUAUAAAGGCGCCCUUGAUAGUGGGUCGAGCAAUCGCGUUCUUUUCCUGCUGUGUGUACCUAUGUGUUGAAGUCCUCCCGUAUGGACGACGAUUUCUCAUGCUCUUCUGCUAUUUCCUGUUCGGAGUCGCUAGCAGUUCAUCAACGGUUCUACGAGCAUAUAUGGUUGCCGUCAGUACUACAGAAGAUCGAGCCAGAGCCUAUUCAGCGAUCGCUGUUGCGAACAUGAUAUCUCGGUUGUUAUUGGACCUGCUGGCGUUCACACAUAUGCCAUAUCCGGGAUACGAGAUCAUCGAGAACGUUCUGAAAUUCCACAUCUACUCGGCUCCGAUCUGGAUCGCAUCUGCUACAAACUUCAUUUCGGUGGCUAUCAUAUGGUUUGGCCUGCGUGACGUACCAUCAUCUGGGAAGCGAGACAGUGAGUAUGCCGUGAUGGUGCAAUGUUCACUUGGAAGGUAUCAAGAAUCGCAUAAGACUUGUGCUGUCGCUGAUUUAGCAUGGGCGUUAAUUGUGCUGUGUUGGGUCGAAAGAGUGGUUUCCAACAUUUCCACUGUUACGCUGACCUCAAUCAUGUCACCACUGGUGAUGAUCUCGUUCGGAUGGGAUGGCCAGUUAACGGUCAAAAUUCUGGCGCUGUUAGGGAUCUCGCCAAGGGUUGCGUUCUUAGUAGCGGUCAUGAUUUCGGUGGUCAUGUAUUUACUCACAUAUCCAUAUGAGAUGACCAGCCACAAAAUGCAACCUUACAACAAGACUCUCGGAACUGGUUGCAACCCAGAAGAGUACACGUGGUGUGAUACAGCCUAUUCUACUUGGCCAGGGCUCUUCCUUCCGAUCACAUGCGUUGUGAUGGGCGUGGGUGUUCCCACAGCGGCAAUCGCACUGGACACGAUCUACUCGAAAAUCCUUGGCAACAUCGAUCAGAGCAUGAUGCAAGGAGCGAUGAUCGUCGUUGAGGACAUAGUCUAUAUUCUGGGGCCGAUCUAUGCAGCGUCGCUCUUCAGUUAUGCGGGACAGUCGAUGCUGUGGCUGCUGAACGGCAUCGUGGUUACCGUAGGAGCAGUUCUAUGGUUGACAUUCUUUUCGAAAUUGAAGCGAUACCUUUAA